UGAGGAUGAGGAUGAGCGUGCCGCAGACGGGAGGCAGCAGAACUGGGAGGGAAACGACCAGCAGGCGGCCACAAGCUUCAGCGACAACUUUAGACACUUUUUUUAGGCACCCGGUGCGGACCUAACGUUAAAAACAGAUUUAGGUCUCGUGCAUCAGCAGCGGAGGAUGAGCGACGCGAAUCAGCCCAAAGUUGAACUUUUUGUCAAGGCCGGGAGCGAUGGGCAGAGUAUCGGCAACUGUCCUUUCUCCCAGCGUCUCUUCAUGGUGCUGUGGCUGAAAGGAGUCACCUUUGAUGUUACCACGGUGGAUAUGAAAAGGAAGCCGGACAUCUUGAAGGACCUGGCCCCAGGAGCCCAGCCCCCCUUCCUGCUGUACGGCAACGAAGUGAAAACGGACACCAACAAGAUCGAGGAGUUCCUGGAGGAUAAUCUCAGCCCUCCAAAGUAUCCCCGUCUGGCUGCACGUAACCCGGAGUCCAACACGGCAGGAAUGGAUGUUUUCUCCAAAUUCUCUGCUUAUGUAAAGAACUCAAACCCUCAGGUCAACGAAAAUCUAGAGAAAGGUCUGCUGAAGGCUCUGAAGAAGCUCGAUGACUACCUCGGCUGCCCGCUUCCUGACGAGAUCGACGAGAAUAGCGCCGAUGAGCUCACUUCCUCGUCCCGCCCCUUCCUGGACGGCCAAGCGCUUACUCUGGCUGACUGCAACUUGCUGCCUAAGCUGCACAUCGUGAAGGUGGUGUGUUUAAAGUACAGAGACUUCAGCAUCCCUCAGUCCCUGACAAACCUCUGGAGGUACCUGAACGCAGCGUACGCCAGGGAGGAAUUUUCCUCCACCUGCCCUAUUGAUGACGAGGUCCACAUCGCCUACUCCUCUGUAGCUAAAGCGCUCAAGUAGAAGCCCAAUAGGAUACAAAAGUCAUUAAUACACAUGCACAAAACACAUGUUUGCAUCUUUAAAAGUUAGGUUAGAAUAUUCACACGGGUCUGGUUUACUAUCAUCAGAGUUCACACUGAUCAGCUCAAAGUAUUCCUGGACAUUCUCCCAUGCAGGAAAUGAAUGAUUGGUUCAUCACAUUGCUUGUAGGCUCUCACACAAACACACUUAAAACUACAGCCUAUCUUUUUUAUAUUAUAUUAUA